AUGAAGUCUCAGUCUAGAAAAGAAAUGAAGUACAGAACCCUCAAAUCACCACUAGAGCACAUCGCCUCCAUCGCCUGUGGGAGGUGGAUAGUCGUCCUCGUACCCCAGGGACUGCACGAAUGGGUAGUGGACCGAGUUUUGGUCCAGGCCCUUAUAGUGCAUGAUGUAGUGUUGGCCGGACAUGAUACGGCAGCCGCGGUCCCGCUCACAAUCAAGGCGGGCGUGGAUGUGCUCCUGGCCAGCUAG